AUGGACAAACCAACUGAUAAACAGCCUAGGAAGUAUGCCCUAGUUGUAUUCGCCGGCUUCUCGGUGAUGCUCACAACCUGCGCCUUUAUCGUCUCCUAUGGCGUCUACCGGUCCCUAUACAAACAGUGGACCGAAGCUAAAGGCACCCCGUUCACUGGAAGCUCUACUGCCCUCAUUAACCUAGUCGAUAUCCUAGCUAUUGCCCUAAUGUCAACGGGCGGGCCGUUCGCUAUGCACUGGUCAAAGAUCUACUUGCCCCAGGCUGUCGUUAUCACCGGAGGCUGGGUGUUUGUCAUCGCAUACAUCCUGUCGGGCUUUGGCAAAGCUUUAUGGCACUUUGCCCUGGCGCAGGGAGUCAUCCUAGGGAUUAGGACUUGUCUGGCUUAUGUGCCCACGCUCGUCUCUAUCGCCGGGUACGCAGUACCUGUGAGCCAAAGUUCCACGAGCAAGUUCGGCUCCAGACGCAAGGCUUCCGACGAAGAAGCGGCUGGAUCAAAGCGCCCAUGGUCAACUACCGCGCCGCACGCUCAAAACGAUUCCUCGCGCAAUGUUUAG